CUGGGCUCUCCAAGGGCUCUGGAAGCCCUGGUUGGCCUUGGGAAGGGCGGAGCUGGUUGCCAAGGCUGCAGGUGGUGUAGAUCCGGAAGCAGGAAGCAGGUUGAGCUGGCAAAGACCUGGGACCUACCUGGCUGGAGGAGUGGAGGUUUCCAGAGGCAGGUGGCUCCUGCCGAGAUGGGUCUGUCAUCCAAUGAACUGGAAAGGGAGCUGGAGCACACAGCCCAGGAAGUGCUGGGGAAGCUGAGGAGCCACAAGCUGUUCCAGUCGGAAUGGGACACGGCUGCCUUCGUGGUCUUCCUAGUCUUCGUGGGCACUGUGCUGCUGCUGCUGCUCUUGGUCAUUGCCCACUGCUGCUGCCGUUGCUGCUGCCCCUCUGCCAGCUCUGGGAAGGAAAAACCCAGAGGAAUGGAUAACCUGGCCCUGGAACCUUAGCACCAGCCCCCUGGCAUGUGUCCAAUGGAUGGCAGUAACAAAGCCUGUGUUUGCUGGAAA